AACAAGGUUUCAAAAAGGGCGUUGCGACGGGUCUCGUCACACGAUCACAUCUCACCACGCCAAAUUUCGCGAGUGGAGAACGGGCCGCGUGUCUCCAUCCGCCGCGCUAUUUGGCAUGCUUCUCGAAGUCGAUAUUGUGUCUCAAGUACCGCCGUGUCUGUCAUGCCGCCAGAAUUUUGUGCAAGGCCCUGAUUGAAUGUGUCGCACUCGCAGUGUCGCACGCCUCUUGCCUGCACACUCACGUCCCGUAUUAGACCUGUCUGGCACCCGUCAGUGCCGUCUCCCGUCGUGCUGAUCGCCCGUUUUUUUCCUUUUUCUUCUUUUGUUGCUCUCUUGUUCCUACUCUUGUCUCUCGCUUGGAUCCUUGCAACAUUUGGCUCUGUUGCCUCUUCUUCAUAACCCCAUGUCCGGACUUCCGAAUCUGUCCCCUUCACUUACCUUCUGUACACGCAAUGGGGCACAUCGUGUUUGCCACGGGGCGUGACCAAGGCCCGCUCUUGGCUCGAGUAAGUAUGGCCAUGUACACGGUCGCCGUGACGUUUGUGGCUCUCCGCUGUUUCACACGUGCAUGCAUUGUCAAGAAGUUUGGCCUCGACGACUUCUUCAUCGCCAUCGCCACCACGCUCGGUGCUGCCCAGACCGUCACCAUCAUCCUGCAAGUCGAGCAUGGCCAAGGCCGCCAUGCCGCCGACCUGCACAUUGAGCAGUUUAAUCAUAUGCUCAUGUACCAGUGGAUUAAUAUGCUCAUAUACUUUGUCGCCAACUGGGCGGUCAAGAUGAGCAUCCUCGCCCUGUACUACAGAGUGGGCUAUGGGAAACAGGGCCUCCCGUGGAUCGUGCAAGCGCCUGCUGUCUGGACUGUAGCGGGUUUCAUGACGGCAUUCGCCAUUUCGUCAUUCAUGGCCCAACUCUUUCUGUGUGUACCCCUGCCUCGCAUCUGGGAUAUCAUGAGUGUGGCCGAUGGGGGAUGCAUCGACGUGGCCCGGUUCAUGACCAUUUCCGGGGCAAUCAACGUCUGUACCGACGUGAUUCUUCUCCUCUUCCCACUACCGCUUCUACGACUGUUCAAAUUCAACCGGAGACAACGCACCGCUCUAGCAGUCAUCAUCUCCGUCGGCUUUAUCCCCGUCAUCGCCAGCACCAUGCGCCUCUGCGAAAUCAUCAUGGCGGGCCGGCCCGUCAAACCGGGCAGCAGCUGGGAGGAAACCGAUUUCAGCUGGGGCUGGGCGUGGGUCCCUGUAUGGUCUCAAAUCGAAGUCGACAUCAGCAUCCUCGCCGCCUCUCUUCCCUGUCUCUCGCCCUUGUUUAAGCACGUGUUCAACUGUCCCAUCCGCCCGGAAACACCCUCGGAGAUACCGACAUUACCUGGCUACCGCGAGAGCUGGCGCGAAAUAGACGACAAUAUAGAUUUGGAGAAGAGCCGGAGUUUUGAACUAGAUCCCGAGAAGCGGCUGACGGUGCGAGAAACGGAAAUGGGCAAGGGCAUGGGUAUUAAUAUUAGUGUGAUCGAGGACAAGUUCAUGGACAUGGGCUUGGGCAUGGGUAUGCAUCAUUACGACGAGGGGCUGUCGGAUGUUGCCGAAGAAGAGGAGGAAGAGGACGACGAGGACGAGCAGAAGACGGACACAGGGCGAAAAAGCAUGAGCGUGGCGAGGCCGGCCGACGUGCAAGUGGCUGCUGCAGCUGCUACUCCAGGAGGACGUGAAGCAGAACCUGGCGUAAUACAAUAUACCAAAUUAUGACAAUAAUUGCCUUGAAGACC